UUUACAAACCGAAGGCCAAACAACAACAAAAACACCUGUCGUUGAUCAACCAAUCAAAACGCUAGCUGUCGUAUGUCAUCACCAAUCAACUUUACUUGUAAGGUUUGAGAGGCUAGGAGCUAUUUCCUUCCUCAAAACUUACUCUAUGCUCAAAAGUUCUAUGCUAUGUAAAGGUUGCAUUCUCCCCGUAACACGAUAGAUCAGUAAAGAUUAUUUGAUCUAGUGAUUUGGCCUUCACCCAUUUGCCCAUUAUAUUGGCCAUGGAAAGAUAUGUGCAUUACGUGUAUUUUCCUGGGCGGGGCUAAAAGGAAAAGCAACCAAUCACAUACCGUGUGGACUCCAACGUGUCAGCAUGACCAUGCUAAUAAAACUUCACAUAAAACGGCCGCACGCCAGAAAUUUAGCCAAACUUUUCCAGCAGAUUCAACGCCGACGUUUACGACGGACAACUGCUUCCAAGAUGUCUCCGAGCCGAACUUUGCAAGUUGUUUUUGUGAUUGCAACUUUUUGCGCAGCCGUCAUGCAAUCUGACGCUCAAGGAUAUCAUCCAAGCUUCUGCUGCGCAAACUGGGAUUCCUACACCCCACAACAGUUCUUUGACAUGGCCUAUGGUACCUCUCGCAUUGGCCAGAAUGGUCGCAAGUGCAGGAUUUCUCGAGGCGGGCCCACUACGGCCUGCAAUCACUACGUCAAAUACAACACAGACGGCUCCAAUACCUGGCUGGGACUGAGUUUCCAAGGAGUGCCCGGAGCGGGGUCCGGGUGCUGUUCGUCCGUAUCGAGCUGUUCCACGGAAGUUGGAGCUGGGGCAUGGUUGAAGUCUCAACACAAGGAGAUUUGCUGUGGACCACAAGCAAGCCAAGACGGAUAUGAUCCAAAUUUCCGCUGCUCAAACUGGGACUCUUACACACCACAACAGUUCUAUAGCAUGGCUUCUGGUGGCUCCCUCAUUGGCGAGAAUGGCCGCAAGUGCAGGAUCGCUCAAGGCGGGCCCACUACGGCCUGCAAUUACUACGUCAAAUACAACACAGACGGCUCCAAUAACUGGCUUGGACUGAGUUUCCAAGGAGUGCCCGGAGCGGGGACCGGGUGCUGCUCGUCUGUGUCGAGCUGUUCCACGGCAGCUGGAGCUGGGGCAUGGUUGAAGUUGAAACACAAGAAACUUUGCUGUGAACCCACUCGUCGUCGUCCUGGAUGGACUAUCACCAACGGGUUACCAACGCUGGAGCAUGGUGGCAUUCCAUAGACAAUAAAUACCGAUUUUGCGGGUUAACCAAACCAUCGUAACCUGAACAUCUGACGUCAAACUUUGAGUCUCUUGAAUUACGCCAGAGAUCUGCAUUUAGCCAAUGUUUAUCCUCGACCAUAAUCACCUUUCACCUACAUUCAUUAAACACACACACAACUGCAUGCUGCAGCAUGCAGAUGACCGACAGUGCAGCUGCUCGGACCAAUCAAAACACAGAAAUGACAAGCUGACGUCACUGCACGGUUACCCAAUGAAAUCACUACAUGUAUAUCCAAUGAAAUCACUGGUUCUGUAAAACCAAUAAUAAUGUGACUGAAGACAGGGUACCA